AUUGGAGUACGUAUAACAUUUUGGCACAGUUUUCAGAGAAUAGUCAACGUACAAUCACUACAACUAUUGAAAUAUGCAAACGAUUACAGCAUUUACAUUGUGAUAAAAAAUGAUAACUUUUUCUCUCGUUUAUUUACUGUGUAUUACACAAUGUGUUUAAAUAUGUUAAAUUUGAAAUAUUUGUUACUAUGGUAUUAUUUUCCAGCACUCCUACUUGUAUAUAUAAGAAAAGUACCUACCUAUUAAUAUGUAAUUUAUUAUCUACUUAGGAACUGUUUUUAAUAAGGGUUUUUGCUGAUAGUAACAUUUUUUUUCGUUUAAUACGUAGCAGUACUUUCAACACACUAGAAAAGUAUAAUUUCUAUUUAUAAAUAGGUGGAAGAUAAUUUGGGUAAACACAAAACUGGCAGGAGGCCAAUAUAAUUAGCGAUGCAAUGCAGCGAAGAUACAAAGAGUCUGAAGAAAAUCAAAUGAAUUCAGUUUUUUUAAACAAAAAAAGAACAAAACAAUAAUGGUUGAUGUGACGGAUUUUAUUAUCGGUGGCCUGUCGGCUGGAUGCGCUGGUUUUUUCAGUAAUCCCUUAGACGUUCUAAAAACCCGGAUGCAACUACAAGGAGAAUUAAAAGCAAGAGGGUUGCAAAAGGGGGUGGUAGCAGCCGUCAUUUUGCAUUCAAUCAGAAACUGUAUUAGACUGGGACUGUACCAGACUGCAUUAAAAAAGGGAAUUCUCACAGAUGAAAAUGGAAAAACUGUUUUCUAUAAGAGUUUCAUCAUCAGUUCCGUCUGUGGAGCUGCAGGCGCCUUCGUGGGAAGUCCCUUAUUCCUGAUAAAAACACAGUUGCAAUCACAAGCCGUUCAACAAAUCGCAGUUGGCUUUCAACACAAUCAUCGUGGAGCGAUAUCAGCAUUAAAAACAAUUUACAGUCAGCACGGGUUGCGUGGUUUAUGGAGGGGAGCGAACGGUACAGUGAUAAGAGCGGUGGCAGGUUCCUCUGCACAGUUAACAUCUNUUAUAGUAAUUCGUCGGUGA